AUGCCCAUCGCACCCAUCACAGGCAAGCUCAGGAAGAGACUCUGGCUCGACAUCUCCGUCGCCCUGGGCCUCGGAAUCACCUCUGGCUACGCGUUCUGGUACGGCGUCCAUCUCAAGGGUGUCCAGCGCCACGAGGAGUACUACCUCAAGCUCGAGAAGGCUCGGGCAGCUGGCAGGGACGAGUAA